GGAAACCACGGUCAAGGGCAGAGCGCGCAGUGCGCGGCCCACCCGGCAGGUGGCGGCGUCUGCCCGCGCCCCGCCCCCCACGGGGCCCCCAGGACCGCGCGCGCCCGCCCUUGACCGCGGCAGGAGAGUGCCCCGAGCAAACCCCAGUUCGUCCGGGUGCCCGCUGCCCACGUAUUCGGGACAGAGGGCAGCUCCGGGCGCCGGAGGGCAACGCGUCCGCCCCCGGGACCCGCCCCGCAGCCCCCGAGGGUGCAGAGCGCCGGAGCGGGAGGGGAGCGGCGGGGCGGGGAGGCGCCGCGGGGGCAGGAGGAAGGCAGGGCGGGUGGGGCAGGGCGGCCGCCUCCAGAGUCCGGCCCGGCCCUCCCGCGCCUCUCCCCCGCGCCCGGGACGGCGGCAGACGGGGCGCCCGCGGGUGAGGGCUGCAUGGGGCCCCCGCGCGGCCCGCUCUUCUGGCUGCUGCUCCUGCUCACGGCUGCCUGCUCGGGGAUCCUCUUCGCUCUGUACUCCUCGGCGGUGGGGCCCUACCCGGGGCCCCGGUCUGGAGCCAGGAACGCCACAUCGUCCCGAGUGUUCUUUGGACGCAAGGCAUCAAACGCUGAGACGGGAAAGAGCCCGCACUGCCAGCACUCGCUCUACCUGGCCAUCCAGAAGCACCCCCGCUUCCGGGCCCUGUUCAAUCUCUCCACUCCAGUGCUGCUCUCGGGGGGCCUCUUCACCCAGCAGCUCUGGGACAGCCUGAGCCGGCACAAAGCCCCCUAUGGCUGGCGGGGGCUCUCCUUCCAAGCCAUCAACUCCACCCUGCGCCUCCUGAAUGACUCCGAGAGCUCCCAGCUGUUUGCUGCCUCCAGGAAGCCGCUUUCAAACUGCAUUCGCUGCGCAGUGGUGGGGAAUGGAGGCAUCCUGAAUGGUUCGCGCCAGGGUCAGAACAUCGAUGCCCAUGACUACGUGUUCAGACUCAAUGGCGCUGUGAUCAAAGACUUCGAGAAGGAUGUGGGCACCAAGACCUCCUUCUAUGGUUUCACUGUGAACACCAUGAAGAACUCCCUCAUCUCCUACGGGAGCCUCGGCUUCACCUCUGUACCACAAGGCCAGCAGGACCUACGCUAUAUCUUCAUCCCCUCUGACAUCCGCGACUACGUGAUGCUGAGAUCGGCCAUUCUGGGUGUGCCUGUCCCUGAGGGCCCUGACAAAGGGGACAGCCUCGCCCCUACCGCGUGCACCGCCGCAGGCCCAGCGCCUCCCCUCUCACCUCGCUCCCCCACCUGUCCUUCGACGGCCCGGGCCGCUCUGUCCACUUCUUUCAUGGGUCCUAGGCCUCAGACUUAUUUCGGACCAGAAGCCUCUGCUGGGAAAUUCAAGCUACUGCAUCCAGACUUCAUCAGCUACCUGAAGGAGAGGUUUUUGAAGUCAAAGUUGAUUAACACAAAUUUUGGAAACCUAUAUAUGCCGAGUACUGGGGCCCUCAUGCUGCUGACGGCUUUGCACACCUGUGACCAGGUUAGUGCCUAUGGAUUCAUCACAAGCAACUACUGGAAAUUUUCUGACCACUACUUUGAGCGAAUAAAGAAGCCACUGAUAUUCUACGUCAACCACGACCUGUCCCUGGAAGCCACCUUGUGGAAAAGCCUGCACAAGGCUGGCAUCCUUCGACUGUACCAACGCUGACCCUCAAGGACCUGCAGAGCUGUGGCCCUCACCCCCCACGCGGCCGGAGCUGCCCUGACUGUUCAGUCUCUGAGAAGGGCUCCGACUUUCUCCUCCAGAGGACAUGAAGAGUGGACUGGUGGCCGUCACUGGGGCGUGUCCAUUGCGGGUCACCCUCAUUUCGGUCUUGGUUCCUCCAAGUCUCCCUUCAGGGUCUGAGACAGACAUCCUGACCCUGGAGAAGGGAGGGCCGCUCUGCUGGGCAUCUCACGGCGGAAGGGAACACCAGAGGAGACUGGGAGCCUCCCCAGCAAAGGGCCAGCAUACUUCAGAGUGAAGGAUCUUCGAAGCCAGCAGCUGGCACCGGGCCACCGGAGGGGAGCAGCCGCGGCAUCCCCACCGACCAGCAGUAGCCUGGGCGCACACGCGCUCCCCAGCCGACCCCUCCCACCAGCAUGUCCAGCUCACAGACUCCAAAGCAAUUAGACUCUCAGACAUACCUAAACCACCUGAGGACACCCCCACUUCCUUCUGCCCCAGGAUGUGACGGAAUGGGAGCACACACAAGGCAGAAUGUAAUCUGAAGCCGGUUAAUUGCAUAAAUGAUGGAUGACCAUUUUUGUCUUUUGUGUGUGCUGGGGGGCGUAAAAGGGGGACCUGGGGCAGGACAACCCAGGAACCGUGAGCGAGUCCUGGUAUUGACCGGGGUCAACAGCACAGAAGGCUGCUUGCCGGAGGGACAUCCCACUGGAGACCGGCCACUGCCUUGCCACCCGGAAAUCAUCAGCAGAUGGCCCUUCAGCUUCACAUCAGGGCUUUAAUAAAUUUGGACUCAGUU